AUGGACGCCCUGGUGGAGCUGCCGUCGGGCGCACGCUGCGCGGGGCUCGCGUUCUUUGGGUGGGCGCUGCCAGCGCUCGGCGCCGUGCUCCUGCUGCUCCGGCGGUGGCUGUGGUGCAGCUGCCAUGUGUGCCGGGCCUACCUGACCGGGUCGUGGAGGAGGGACUUCACCAACCUCGGCAAGUGGUACGCGCACCUGCUCCGCCGCUCGCCGACGGGCACCGUCCACGUCCACGUCUUCGGCUGCACCAUCACGGCCAACCCGGCCAACGUCGAGUACAUGCUCAAGACCCGCUUCGACAACUUUCCCAAGGGGAAGCCCUUCACCGCGCUCCUCGGCAUCUUCAACGUCGAUGGCGACAUGUGGCGCCACCAGCGGAAGGUGGCCAGCCUCGAGCUCGGCAGCGUCUCCGUGCAGUCCUACGCGUUCAAGAUCGUCGCCCAGGAGGUGGAGACGCGGCUCAUGCCGGUGCUGUCCGACGGCGCCGACAGAGGCACGGUGCUCGACCUGCAGGACGAGUUCCGGCGGUUCUGUUAG